AGUGUCAGCCUUUCACCUGGGGCACACCCUGCCCAGGACUGCCUAGCCCCUCUGGCCCUGCCCUCGGGCCCCUCAGAGCAAAGUCCGCUGAUAGUGCUCUCUGAACUGUAGUCGCUGCGGGUCUGAUAGGACGCGGCUGCCUGUGCCAGCUUCCUGCCCCCAACGGACGGACAGACGCCCGGACGCCUGGAAGCCCGUGGGGCCCCCUCCCCUCCCAGCCGCGCCCUCUGACCAGCCAGGAUGCCGCUGGGACUUCGGAGCAAGAAGAAAGCAGGGUUCAAGGACACUUCCAAGUUGAUGGAGGGCGAACGGGCUGCUCAGAGCGCUGGGAGCGCCCAGUCCCUGCCCUCGGAGCUCCAGCCCAAGCCCAAGCCGGUGUUCCACACGCAGCUGGCACACGGUAGCGCCACGGGCACAGUGGAGGGCUUCUCUAGCAUCCACGAGCUCUACGCCAAAAUCGCCCAGGUGUUCGAGAUCUCGCCCUCCGAGAUCUUGUACUGUACUUUAAGCACUCCCAAGAUUGACAUGGAAAGACUCUUAGGAGCACAAAUCGGUCUGGAAGAUUUCAUAUUUGCCCACGUGAAAGGCAUUCAGAAAGAAGUGCACGUGUAUAAAUCAGAGGACGCCCUUGGUCUCACCAUCACAGACAAUGGUGCCGGCUAUGCUUUCAUAAAGAGAAUUAAACAUGGCAGCCUAAUGGACUCUGUGAAGACCGUCUGUGUAGGGGAUCACAUCGAAGAGAUAAAUGGCCAAAAUAUCGUUGGGUGGCGGCACUAUGACGUGGCUAAGAUGCUCAAACAGCUCAAGAAAGAGCAGUCAUUUUCGCUGAAGUUGAUAGAGCCCAAGAAGGCUUUCGAAAUACAGCCAAGGUCAGGGGCUGCGAAGACGACGGUUGGAAAAAUCGCCUCUGGCAAGGGAACACUAAGGCUGAGAUCGAAAGGUCCCGCUACUGUGGAAGAGCUGCCUUCGGAGUCAGAUGAGAAAGCCAUUAAGAAGGUGGAUUCUCUUCUGGAAUUAUACCUGGGGAUCCGAGAUAUUGAACUAGCUACAACAAUAUUUGAAAUGGGAAAGGACAAGUUGAAUCCAAAUGAAUUUGCCAUAGCACUGGACGAGGCCCUUGGUGACUUUGCAUUUCCAGAUGAAUUUGUCUUUGAUGUAUGGGGCGCCAUUGGUGAUGCCAAGCAAGGGCGAUUACAGUGAGACCAAAUACUUUUCUUCAGAAAGCUUAUAUUAGUAGAAGCUCCAACUAUCAUUUCUUGGAACGAGAUCAACAACAUCUAUGUACAAUGAGAUUUCUAAUGCUAUUGUGAACUCUGGUUGGAUUGGAUGUAUAUAUUUGUGACAUUUAUUCCUAAUGAAAAAGUAAAAAAAACCCCCACUGUA